AGUCGCCUCCCGGCGCGCUUUGUGUCGCAGGUGCGUGGAGAAGCAGCGCGAGGACAGAUGGCUGCGCUGACAAUACAAAGGACUGACAACUUUUUGCACACCUUUUUACAGGACCGGACGCCCAGCUCCUCUCCAGAGGGAGCACCUAACGCCCUCUCUUUCCUGGCCACCACCUGUAGCCAGGCCUGGCAGGUGGGAGGCAGUAUGGGCUCAGAAGGCUCCCAGUUCCCCUACGAGGGCACGGUCAGUUCCACGUCGGGAAUGUUUCAGCUCUGGAGCAACGACAUGACGCCCAGCACAGCCCUCAGCACACACCAGAUGACCUUCACGGUGCCCAAGGUGCAGUUCCCUGGACACAUGCAGUCUGGCCUGGGUCACCAUCAUCAUCACCCCCAUCAUCACCACCAUGAGCUACCUCUCACCCCUCCAGCUGAACCACCCUCAUCCUACUCCUUCGAACUUUCCCCUGUUAAAGUCUUGUCCUCGCAGCCGCAGACCAGCGGCCCCUAUUACCCUCAGCACAACAGUGUGGGACAAAACUUCCCCAGCUUCCUCCAGAACUCCUCAGCCAGGCAUCACCUGCCUGGAGGCCAUGUGGAGGAAGGGCAGCAAUGGUGGAGCCUACCCCAAACCAACGCCACCCCCUCCAACCAUCCCUUCUCCCUGGGCAGACAACUUGUCUUGGGCCACCAGCCCCAGAUAGCCGCCCUUCUCCAGGGCACCUCCAAAGGGCUGCUGAGCUCCACACGCCGCUGUCGACGUUGCAAAUGCCCCAACUGCCAGGCCAAUGGCGGGGGGUUAGAGUUCGGAAAGAAGAGACUGCACAUCUGCCACAUCCCAGAGUGUGGCAAAGUGUACAAGAAGACAUCUCACCUGAAGGCACAUCUGCGCUGGCAUGCCGGGGAAAGGCCUUUCAUCUGUAACUGGCUCUUCUGUGGUAAAAGCUUCACCCGUUCAGACGAGCUGCAGCGGCACCUCCGCACACACACAGGGGAGAAGCGCUUUGGGUGCCAGCAGUGCGGCAAGAGGUUCAUGAGGAGUGACCACCUCUCCAAACACGUCAAGACCCACCAGACCAGGAAGAGCCGGUCGGGGCCGCCUUCACAGAGCAUGGACCCUCUGCUUACCAAUAUCAAGAGAGAGUAAUCUCUGUGGUCCAUCAUUUAAAAAUAAUAAUCAUCAAUGAACAGACUUUGUGACUCACACUUGCUGCCAUAGGUUUGCACUAGAGGGUAAGCAUCAAGCUCCCCGAACAUCUUCUGUUGUCAAAACCCUUUUUUUGACUUCAAGUAGUACCAUAAAAAUAUAUUUAGAGACCAUUUUUAAUAAAAGUAAUUGUGUGCUGUUUGAGGCAAGCCACCUUUAAAGAAAACUUGAAACCUUUUUCAGUGACAUUGUGAACGUUUUGCUGCAUUCGUUGUACUCUUCAAGAUGCCACACAAACAGAUUUCACGUGGAACAACACUGGUUUUAUGCCUUUAACAAUUUGUUUAAAUUUCAACUUAUGUGAUUCUCAAAAAUUUUGCAAGCUUCAUGAUGUAAAUAUUUAAUCUAUGUGAAGGAUGUGGCAGACAUGAGCAAAAUUCCACAAGGUUUACCUUAAUAUUUUGUCCAUAUUAACAUGUUCAAAAUAAAUGAAUGCCUUAGUACAGUAAAAGGUUGCUGUAUAAAAAUUAUAAUUUCUGCUCUGAAAUUAUUUAAAAAUGCCUUUGUUGCUGUUGGUAAUUAGAUUUUUAUUCCAAAAGAUAUCCUAAUUUGUUUGCUUCAAGGUAGGGAACUUUUUUGAAAUGUAAACACGAGAGUCUUUGAUCCACAGAUUUAUCUUGUCUGCUCUUAAGCAGCAGUGUGAAGCACAAUUGCUCCAGAUUAGCAAACAUUUUAAAUUUUUAAGUUCUG